CUCACCUUGUGUUACCAUAUACCCAACAAGCAGACAGACCCUAAUUCGCAGAUCUGAACGAAAUAUAGGUCUGCGUCUCGAUAAUUAUACUAUCCAUACCGACUCAAAUUGCCUCACUACGACGCCUGUCAAUCGAGACCGACCAUGUGGCACUGACUCAUGCUCGCGAUAGUGACAUGAUAUCACAAGCGUAGCAAGUGCAGCCAUUCAGAUCACACAUAUAUGAUAUCGAACAGACGAUUGCCACUAGGUGUCCAUUGAGCCUGAUCGCCCACACAGAAUCGAGAUAUAUCACACAGGGCCAUCGCUCGGAGUCAGCAGAGCCCAAUAAUCCUUUGCCCAGCCAGGUGUGAGGUACCACAAUCUUGAAUUAUGGAUGCCACGACGAACUAUGGCAGUAUUGCCGAGAAAGGGGAGAUCUAUCUUGCACCUCCGACUCGUAAAGCAGGACCGCUUCCACACUUGGCAGAUUGGAUGUGUUUCCUUCCGGACGAUGUACCAAUCUCUGGUCUAUCGAUUCCUGGCACACACGAUAGUGCAGCGUUCAUGAGUACUUGGCCGUUCGUCGCAACUCAAACACUAACCACCGCCCAACAACUCGAUGCCGGCAUUCGAUACUUCGACCUGCGCUGCGGCAUUGUCAAAGAUGAAGUCGUGAUGGUACACGGCAGAGCAGUGCUUGGCCUCAAGUUCUCUGAAGUCCUCAUCUCGAUGUAUACGUUCCUUGCAAAACAUCCAAAGGAGGGAAUUGUCAUACAGCUGAAGCAAGAUCGCAAAGACGAAGCUUCCACACGACCAUUCUCGCAGUUGGUACUCAACCUCAUCCGUGAACAUGAAAAGUUUUGGCGCUUGGAGACUACGACGCCCACUUUGGGAGAGCUACGAGGACGCAUACAAUUGCUCCGCCGCUUUACGGUCUUCCAACACCAACAACGCACUUCAGGCAUUGAUGUCAGCAGAUGGCAAGACAACCCACCUCUACCCUUCACCAUCCGCACCUGGUUUGGCGUCCAUCUCACAAUCCAAGACCAUUACUCUCCCUCGGCACCAGAAGCUCUACCCGGCCUAGUAGCCAAGAAAGGCGGCGAUGUAGCUUCCAUGCUCAUGCGCGCCUCUCGAGAUACAGAGCCCUGGCAUUGGUACAUCAAUUUCAGCUCAGCCUUUGAAUUCAACGUCUACCACCAAAUCCCACCAAAGGACAUCGCAAUAGGUGGAUACUCGGUCUUCAGAUGGGUAGAAGGCAUUAAUCUAAGGCUCUGUAACUUUCUCAAGCAAAGACUUGGAGAUGUAGACGAGCCACAGAGAUUUGGUGUUGUGGUCAUGGAUUUCGUGGAGCAGCCGAGUUCUGAUCUUGUCAAGACUGUUAUAGAAGCAAAUUUUGUGGUGCCGAUGAAGAGGAGAGGUGGUACGGCGGGUAGGAGAAUGGAGACUGUCGGGUUGGUGCUGUUGAUGUUACUGGUGCUGUUGGCGUAUGCGAUGUUUGAGUGGCAUAGAUCUGAUCAGGCGGGUGGUCAGUGGUGCCCGAAGUUCUUACAGGCUUGCUCCUCGGAAUCUUUCAACAAAGCCAUUGCUUGACUUUUGAGUGGGAGAUGCGCUUGGAUUGUAUGUAUAUAUAUAUAUAUAUAUAUACAUAUUCGAUCGCUUGAGUUUUUGGGUUCUCUGGUUUCUUGGUGUUGAUAUAGCAAUGUCGAUUUUUGGCUUCUCCACA